GUAGUGAAGUUAUGUCACGCACAGGCUCUUGGCUUGAACUUGAGAGUGAUCCUGGCUUAUUUACAUUACUUGUUCAUGAAUAUGGAGCUGAAGGAGUUCAAGUGGAUGAAGUGUAUGACAUCAACAAAGAGAUCAAGGGUCCUGUUUAUGGUUUUAUAUUUCUUUUCAAAUGGAUCGAAGAACGCAGAGCUCGACGCAAACCAGGCAAUGAAAAUUUUGUAGAGGAUCCUGAAGUCAUAAACAGUAUGUUUUUUGCUCAUCAGUCAAUCCAUAACUCAUGUGCAACCCAUGCUCUUUUGAGCAUUCUGAUGAAUAUUCAAGGUGUAAAUAUAGGGCCAACGCUGAAGAGAAUUAAACAUUUUACUGAUGGUAUGGAUCCUGAAUCCAAAGGCUAUGUUAUUGGCAAUUUGCCCAAGUUAGCCCACAUUCACAAUAGUUAUGCUAAGCCAGAGAGGCAAAAGUUACCUGAAAAACUGUCCAAAUCAGAAGCUGGUAUAACAUGUAAAAGUGCUAUCGACACUUUUCAUUUUGUCAGUUAUGUUCCAAUAAAUGGCAGACUUUUUGAACUCGAUGGAUUGAAACCUUUCCCUAUUGAUCAUGGCCCAUGGCAAUCUAAUGAAGAAUGGACUGAUCACUUUCGAAGGAUAAUUGCUGAGCGAUUAGGUAUGAACAUUGGGGCUCCAUACCAGGACAUUCGAUUUAAUCUAAUGGCUGUUGUGAGGGAUGAAAUUGAGUCAGCCAAACGCAAGUUAAUUAUCUUAGUAGACCAUAGAGCAGCUGUACUUCAUAAAUUGUUUUCUCUUACAAAAGAUGAAGAUUUGAUUGCCAGUGUAUCUAAACUGCCAUUACCUGAUCUAAACGAACUUGUCAAAUACGAAAUUCCUUCCCACUGCUACACUAAGGACCCACUGUGGUCUUCAAUUACCAAUCAAAGAAAGACUCCACGAAAGUGUUCUGCUAGUACUGAUGUUGACGAAUCAAAUGAUGAAGAUGGUGUCUUGUCAUUAUGCAGUUCAACGGACACUACAGCAAACUCAUUAACUAACGCCUGCAGCUCUUUUGAAGAGGGUGGGGACGAUUCAAGGAGAACGAAAGUUUGGUCUGGGGAGACAAAACGAAAACGAUCUAAAAAACAGUCCUUCAAUUUACCAAACAUUAACUCUUUGAACACUGAUAUAAAUUUAUACUCUGCUUAUGAACUACCUCGGGUUAAUCUUUCUAAUGAUAAAGAUACCCUGGUAUCAGAACUUAAUCGUAUAGAAACAGAUUACAUUGUGACUUUAGAGCUUAUGAAAGAAGCAAAAGAGAAGAGAAAGCGGUUUCUGAAUGAUCAUAACCAUAGAAGUCAUAAUUAUGACAAGUUUUUGUUUGAAUUCUUAGCAAUUCUUCGAGAGAAUGGCAGGCUUCAGGAAUUAAUAGCGGAGACUGUCCCAGCCCAGACUUCAAAGAAAACUGUUUCUCAGUCUUCCAAAAAAAUACACAUUGGAGGGAAGAUUCGUCAAAAAUUUGCACUGUAAGUUACAUCGAUGUGUACUGUAAAACUAUUGAUAUUGGCUUCUGUUAAGCAUUGCCAAAACAUUUGUAUUGAUCAUUUGAGAAGCUUAUUUAUUUUCGAUUAAGCUAUGACAGUUUAAAUUUAUUAUUUUCGAGGAUUGACGUUCUGCUUAUUCUUUUAUUUAUCAUUUUUGUUCAAAUUGUACUUAUUGAGCUUGAUUUAUCAAUAAAUUAUCAUUUCUGAUUA